AUGAAUGCACGUUUCUUGACCGACGAAGAAAAAUAUCACGCCGUCAAACGCCUCGCCGAAAACAAAACUGGUAUCGUCAACAAGAGCUGGAAAUGGAACCAGGCAAUGGAAGCCAUUCUCGACCCAAAGACAUGGAUUAUCUUUCUCUUUAAUGUUGCAAUUAACAUUCCUAACGGAGGUUUAAUCACAUUCGGCGGUAUCCUUAUCAAAGAUUUAGGCUUCUCGCCUAUCCAGGCAUCCCUCUUAAACAUGCCCACUGGCGUAAUGUCAACCCUUUCGGCGCUUAUGUUCUCUAGCCUUGCGGCGAGGUGGGUAAAUCGCCGCUGCCUCGUUACCAUGCUCGCGUCCGCGGUCCCAAUUAUCGGGUCUAUUAUUGUGUAUUCUUUGAAAAGUACCAAUAUACCAGGGCAGAUUGUUGGGCUAUAUUUUUUAUAUACAUAUUUCGGCCCUUACGUCGUUGGCAUCUCUAUUGCCCAGGCAAAUACAGCCGGUCACACGAAAAAGAACGUCCAAUACUCAAUCCUAUACAUAGGCUAUGCAGUUGGUAAUCUUAUCGGACCGCAGACCUUCCGCGAGAGCCAAGCACCCGAAUACACAGGCGGAUUCAUUGCAAUGCUCAUUUGCUAUUGUGCCUGUAUAUUGCUCAUGACGCUAUAUUGGGCCGUAGCAGCUUGGAUGAACAAGAAGGCUGAUAGAGCUCGUAUCUCCUCUGCGAUUUCAAGUGUAUACCAGGAAGAGGAUCCGGUUGACCAGUUCUUGGAUAAGUCGGAUUUCAAACAGGCGAAUUUCAGAUAUACUACAUAA